UUUGUCAAGUCGUAAAGCCUUAACUCUUCCAAUAUCAUCAUGCUGAAGCUGGUAUUCCUUCUGUUUGCCGCCCUCUUGGCCGUUGCCCUGGCUGCUCCAGCUCCCGCUCCUCUGCCCAAUCCGGCUCCCGUGCCGCAGUUUGUCUACUCCGCCGGCUAUCCGGCCGUAGGCUACGCUUCUCCGUACGUCUACUACGGCUGAUACAAAGUUUGGAUUUUGAUUUUACUGAAUAAACCCCUUUUGAUAUUGUGCAUGAAUAUCUGACUGUGUUGAUUUUUUAAGGUUUUUAAAGAUUUUAAUUGUAUGUACAUAUCUCUGUGGAUUGGGCUUUGGUAUUUUUAAAUUAAAAUUUAAAAUAGGAUUAUAAUGGUCCACUUAUAAUUGUUAUGGAAGUAUGCCUUCGAAUAA